AGUUGGCAUCAUUCGAAAUCUGCAGAAUGUUUGUUCGAAAAAUAACUUUUUUGGGGCUCCUGGCAGUCGUUGCCGCCGUUCCCAUCGAUCACAUCAACUGGCAGCUGGUUCCGAACUCGGAAGGUCGUCUACACCUCGUCAACGUAAACCCCUACGAUCUACCGCAAACCUACGACGAUCCAGAGUUUCACUUUCAACCAGAGACCGAUCUCUUGUUCCGGUUGUUCACCCGCAACAACCCUGGCGAGCCCCAGUUCCUGGAGAUCAACGACCCUGCCUCGAUCCUAAACUCCAACUUCAACCCAGCGCACCCGACUCGGUUCACGAUCCACGGCUGGAACAGCAACGGAAACGAUGGCUUGAACACCCGCGUUCGCGACGAAGUGCUCGCCAUCGGAGAUUUCAACGUCAUUUCCGUUGACUGGAGCGUGGCCAACAGUCCCAACUACAUAUCCUCUCGCAACGCCGUCGGUCCGGCCGGCUUUGGAGUUGGACGGCUGAUCGAUGAGCUGGUUGCCCUGCGGGGAGCUGACGUAAACAAUAUCUACGUUAUUGGGUUCAGUUUGGGGGCACACGUUGCGGCUAACGCCGGCAAGCAUCACGAAGGUCGUAUCAACUCGAUCAUCGCGCUGGAUCCGGCAGGUCCGCUGUUCUCCGCUGGAGACGUUGACGCAUUAUCCCCUCAAGACGGGCAGUACGUGGAGACUGUCAACACCAACGCCGGUCUGCUUGGAAACGGUGUACCACUAGGACAGGCCAACUUCUACCCGAACGGAGGGCGUACCCAACCCGGCUGUGGUACGGAUAUCGGCGGAGGAUGUGCCCAUGGGCGAGCGCCUGCGUUUUACGUGGAGUCGAUCCGUUCGUCGGUUCCGUUUCGGUCGACGCGUUGUUCCAGUCACGACGAAAUCUUGGUCGGAGAGUGUAGCGUCAGUGGGCCGGACGCCAACAUGGGCGGAGAACCGUCCAACUUUGGACGUGGCGUUAGUGGGAUUUACUUCCUGACCACAAACGGAGAGUCUCCGUUUGCUCAAGGGUGAAUAAAAGAUUUAAACAAAA